CACACAGGCAGGAUCCGGUCUGCGGCUGCGCAGUGCGAAGACAGGCGGGCACCGCCAGCAUGUUUGGACCUUCACUCCUUCAUGUUUAACGGUGUCGUCGAGUUUUGAACAACAUUCACACACACGCCGCCAUGUUGUUACGUACGGCGUGCGUGGGUCUGCAUUCCGCGGGUUCCUUCCCCGCACGCACACUGAAGAACGUCACUUGUGCGUUAAUAACCAGGGCGUGUGGUCGCUGCGGUGUCAGCGCGACGUCAGCUCACCUCGGAGGACAACAACCGGAAGCCCCGCCGAGGCGCCCCCACCGCGACACGGUACACUUGCGGCGUGUCGAGCCAGCAAGUCAGCCGAGCGGAGGCCGGGCAUCGAGUGUUUUGAGGCGGGUGGACGCCGCGGCUUUGCUAGCAGGUAACAUCCGGCUUUUAUCCACCAUGGCGUCGAGUCACGCUUCUUCCACGGCCACAGCCUCCAAGAGGACCGGCGACGACAACAACAUUGUGGAGGACGGAAAAACUCUAAAGGACCCCUCAACCCCAGGAAAAGCCCCCAGAGAGUCCAAGCCAGAUGGAGACAAACCCAACAAGACCCAGCAGCUUAAAAAAGUAUUUAAGGAAUACGGAGCUGUAGGAGUUUCCUUUCACAUCGGGAUCUCCCUCACGUCUCUGGGAAUGUUCUACCUCCUCAUAUCCAGUGGGAUUGACAUGGCCGCCGUGCUGAGCAAAGUGGGCUUCAGCGAGGCCAUCAUUCAGUCCAAGAUGGCCGCAGGGACCAGCACGUUCGUCUUAGCGUACGCCGUCCACAAACUCUUUGCUCCGGUGCGCAUCAGCAUCACUCUGAUGGCGGUGCCGCUCAUCGUGCGCUACUUCAGGAGGACGGGGCUUUUCAAACCGCCCACCUCUGCGCCUUAAAGGACCUCAUUCGCUUUUUAAAGUGUCCUCAAACAUGGUGAUUGUAUGAACAUAUUACUGAAGGAUGAACAUGACAUUGGAUUUCUGUCAGAUGUACAAUCAGGGAUGUUUUAGUUUUAGCAUUGUGAACUUCCACUCUUGUUUUCUUGCCUUCUGUUCUAGUCCCUCCUUGUUUUGCAACAGCAUGUUGGAAUCUAAGAAAUCCAGUGAAACUGUUUUACCAAUAAAACAUAUUUGGUACCACAACAAAUCAAUAAUAUUGUAAAGUACAACUCUAAUAUGGCAGGGAUAUCUCACUCAACUGUUGGAGGUGAAAAACAAUAUCAUUAGUCAAAUAUCUUCUUUUUCAGGGGUUCUUGAUUAGAUUUUUUGGCCUGAGGGUCCACCUUUUUCAUUACAGAGGGCCACCCUGAAUAAGUGUAAACCGCCUCGUUCAGUUCCUGCUUGGGACUCAAACCUAGGAUGAGACAAAAGCAUGGUGGCUAUCAAUCACUAACCCCCUUACACCACAGUCUUUUUUGGGUUGAUUGCUCAUGCCGGACGAGCCAAGUUCCAGUCCCAGGCAGAACAGAGAAGCCAAGACUAAACCAGGCGGGUUGCAUUGGUAAUCUUACUCUUAAAUGUAUGCAACUGACUUACAAUGUCCAACCUUGUUAAAUGAUAUAAAACCCUGUGUUAAUUGCAAAGAUUGUUGUUUAACACAUACAGUCGUGGUCAAAAGUUUACAUGCACUUGUAAAUAACAUAGUGUCAUGGAUGUCUUGAGUUUCAAAUAAUUUCUACAACUCUUAUUUUUUUUGUGAUAGAGUGAUUGGAGCACAUACUUGUUAGUCACAAAAACAUUCAUGACAUCACAUGGACAAAGAUAAGACCUUCUGGAGGAAAGUUCUCUGGUCAGCUGAAACAAAAAUAGAGCUGUUUGGCCACAAUACCCAGCAAUAUGUUUGGAGGAGAAAAGGUGAGGCCUUUAAUCACAGGAACACCAUAUCUACCGUCAAGCAUGGUGGUGGUAGUAUUAUGCUCUGGGCCUGUUUUGCUGCCAAUGGAACUGGUGCUUUACAGAAAGUAAAUGGGACAAUGAAAAAGGAGGAUUACCUCCAAAUUUUUCAGGACAACCUAAAAUUAUCAGCCAAGACCCAAAUUAUUGGGUCUUGGGCACAGUUGGGUGUUCCAACAGGACAAUGACCCCAAACACACGUCAAAAGUGGUAAAGGAAUGGCUAAAUCAGGCUAGAAAUAAGGUUUUAAAAUGGCCUUCCCAGAGUCCUGACUUAAACGUGUGGACAAUGCCGAAGAAACAAGUCCAUGUCAGAAAAACAACAAAUUUAGCUGAACUGCACCAAUUUUGUCAAGAGGAGUGGUCAAACAUUCCAGAAGCUUGUGGAUGGCUACCAAAAGCACCUUAUUGCAGUGAAACUUGCCAAGGGACAUGUAAGCAAAUAUUAACAUUGCUGUAUGUAUACUUUUGACCCGGCAGAUUUGCUCACAUUUUCAGUCGACCCAUAAUAAAUUCAUAAAAGA